AUGGGCUCCGAACCAGCUCAGUUUGAAUAUAGCCCAUCGAAUACAUUCUCUGAUCAUAUAGCCACCGUUCAGUUGAGCCCAUUUGGCGAAGAUCAAUGGCAUCGAAUAGUUACUUACUCUCCAAUUUAUUUACACUGGACUGAUGUUAUAAUGAAUAAUAACCACGGAAACAUUUUACCUUCUGUUUAUCGAAAACCAUCAUUAUCAUCGUCAUCACGUACGAAAUUGAAUAUAAAAACUGUUGAUAUUAAUAAUUUACGUCUUGAAGAUGAUUUACUGUUAAGUGAACUAUACGACAUUCGACGUCAAAGCAGUUCCAUUCUUACACAAGUGCUACCAGAUCAGAAAUCAGAUAUGGACACUGUUGUACCAGAAACAUCAUCAACGAUAAUACCACAGAGGAAAUUGAGUGUCGUGAAUAGCCGGAAAAGUUCACCAAUGCCUACGCCAAUUGAUGAUUAUAAAAAAUCAGCAGGAUAUUAUCGUGUAAAGUCAGAUGUUAAAGAAAAUAAAGACAAUAAUGAUGAUAGGACCAGCGUUAUUGAAUUUCCAAAACAUUUUCGAUCUACAACCGAUACAUUUCUUGAUAAUUCAAAUACAAGUGUUAAAGUUUCACCAAGACGUAUUCCAAAACAUUCAACAAUUGAAGAUUAUCCCGUGCAACAUCAAGACUCAAAAUUUGAUAGUUCCUCGUAUAUGAAUAGUUUUGGUCGUAUAAAAACGAUUGGUAACACUCGGCUGUAUUCAAAACCAAAUCCAAUUAGUGUUGAUUCUGUUAGUGUCCAAUUGCGUCAAUCGGCUAUAACUCGUGAAAGUGUUCUCGAUCGUAGUUCACCAUUGUCGAUGAUGUCAUCAAAGCGUCAUACAGAAUCACGUCGUACAUUUCAAUCAACAACGACCGAUUUACAUUCGGCAAAAGUACGACGUCCACAGCAAGCACUAAAAACUACCACUACAACACCACAAAUGGAUCGUAUUGAAACAAGUACCGAACGUUCGCAAACAAGCUUUAUCAAGCGCCAUACGAAACAUAUGCUGAAAAAGAACGAUGUUCAGAAACAUAAACAAAAAGUCAAAUUAAAAACAAUUUUAGUUGAACCGUGGAGUAAACCGGUUUGGUCAAAUGGCAGUGUGGAGGAAUGGAUACCAAAUUCUUUAGAAAUGAUGGAGAAACUCGGAGGACAAUCUACAGCAUUCGAGAAGAACUUAAAAUUUACAUAUAAUAACCAUCUGAAGCAUUUAAGAAAUAUACCUGUAAAAUAA